AUGCAUUCGUUCUUGACCAGCUCUGCGGCUCUGCUGCUUGCCGCAGCGAUGCCCUUGGCAUCUGCCCAGACCUACACCACCUGCAACCCCCUCACCUCUUCCUGCCCCUCUGAUCCUGGAAUGGGCGCAACCGUCGACACCGACUUCACUGCUGGCGCUUCCAAAGACUGGACCGUCGCUGCGGGCUCAAUUAGCUACAGCGGCAAUGGUGCCGGAUUCACCGUCGCCAAGGAGGGCGAUGCUCCCACGAUCCAGACUUCUGACUACUUCUUUUUCGGUACUGUCGAGGUGACAUUGCAGGCUGCUCCCGGCACUGGUAUUGUGAGCUCCAUUGUGCUUGAGUCCGACGACUUGGACGAGGUCGACUGGGAGGCUCUCGGCGGCGACACCACCCAGAUCGAAACCAACUACUUCGGCAAAGGCUACACUGGUAGCUACAACCGUGCUACCUACGUCGGUGUCAGCACUCCCCAGACAACGUUCCACACCUACACUGUCAACUGGCAACGGGACAGCAUCCAGUGGUUGAUUGACGGAAGCGUUGUUCGCACCUUGACUGCUGCUGAGGCUGGCGACUACUUCCCUCAGACUCCUAUGCGUCUUCGUAUCGGUAUCUGGGCUGGCGGUGAUCCAUCCAACGCCCCUGGUACUAUUGAGUGGGCUGGCGGUCAGACCGACUACUCUGCCGGACCUUUCACCAUGUACUUGAAGUCUGUCAAGAUCACCAACGCCAACCCUGGCUCUUCCUACACCUACGGCGACAACAGCGGCUCGGCCGACAGCAUCAAGAUCGACGGUGCCUCUGCUGCUGUUAGCACCACCUCCACUGUUGCUCCUACCUCUACUCACACUUCUACCUCUUCAUCCUCGUCUUCCUCUUCCUCUUCCUCGUCCUCUUCUUCCUCCACUUCCACCACCCUCACCUCCACCAGCCCAGCUUCUAGCACUGGUGCCGACACCACUAGCGCUCCUUCUAGCACCGUCAGCUCCACCAAGUCCACCGCUCCCUCGAGCACCUUUUCCUCCAUCUCUUCCAGCAACCCCAGCGCCGUCACCAACCCCAUUUCCGGCAUUACCUCCAGCAACUCUACUCUCCCUGGAAGCAAUUCGACCACUCCUAGCGGCAGCACACAUCCCACAUCCCCUUCUUCCACCUCUACCAUUGCUCCCAAGGCAGGCGCUGCUUCCCAAACCAGCGUGACCAGCUCCGUGGUUGCCCUGUACUGCUUCCUCUUCGCCAUUGUUGCCUACGUCCUGUAA